CAAUGAAAAUGUGUUCUUUGCAAAAGACCGCGAUUGAAUUUCCCUAACAUUUUAGGAAUCAGAAUUUGUAACUAUGCUCCCUCCAUAUUUUUUUAUCUCCAUGGUUCGAAGCAUGCAGUUCAUGGAAAUAAUUUAGGUCUUCGUAUUCAAUUUUUUCUUUCAAAAUGAAGACUUCACGAACUAAAAAGGCUCGGAAGAUUCUUGGAUUUUAUGUGAACAACUAUAAGUUUCGUCAACCAUUUCAAGUUCUUAUUGAUGGCACAUUUGCAUUUACGGCAUUAAAGAACAAGUUUAAUAUACAGGAGCAGUUGGCAAAAUAUUUUCAAUCUGAAGUAAAACUACUGACAACGGCGUGUAUCAUUUUGGAAACCGAAAAACUCGGUAUAUUUUCUUCAGCAGUUAAUGGCGCAACUCAAAUAGUGAAACAGUACGCUAUACAUAGAUGUGGACAUGAAAAGAAACCGAUAAACGGUUCGAAAUGCUUACAAUCUAUGAUAGAAAAAAAUAAUAGUUCAAGAUAUAUUGUUGCGACACAAGAUCGUGAGCUUCAGGAUGAAAUGAGGACAAUUCCGGGAGUUCCUGUAAUAUAUUUACAUGGAAAAGCACCUACACUAGACUCUCCCUCGGAGGCAAGCCGCAUGCAUGCUGAAGUUAAGCAAAAAGAUCUAGGUAUGACUACAUGGGAGAAAGAAAAUAUAAAAAUAUUGCGAAAACAAGCAGGAAUAGAAGAGAAAGGAAGUAAAUUGAGAAAGAAAAAGAAAAAAGGCGGACCAAAUCCGCUUAGUUUUGAAGAAAAAAAACCGGAAAUGACAAUAUUGAAAAAAAAUAGUAUAAAGUCUGGUAAAAUCAGGAAAAGGAAAAUUAAAAUAGCGUCACACAUUAAAGAGGCUCUACUAACAGAAUUGAAGAGUAACCGUACGACAUAAAAUUAUAUAAAUAGAUUGUGUCAAUUUUAAAUAUAUUUUGUGAAUAUAAUA